AUGUCAAAAAGCAUAAGUGGUUUAAAAAAAUUAAUUGGCAAGAAUUAGCUCAAAAAAAUAUCAAGCCACCAUAUAUACCAAAGAUUAAGUAUAGGAAUAUAUAUAUAUAUAAAGUGGUUUUGGAGAUACUUCUAAUUAUAAUUUUUAUCCUUAAAGUAAUGA